AUGACUUACAGCCAUGGACGUGGAUCACGUGACACGAAUGCAGACUGGUCCAUCGCCAUCCUCGAUGACAACAAGCCGGCGGGCCUGAUGACCCUGUUGACGAAUGGUGUGCCGUCAGUCAGCGGCUGGGACGAUCUCGCAGGGAAGACGGUGAUUGAUGUCGGUGGUUGGGCACCCACCGCCGACGGUCUUGGCUAUGUGACCAACAAGUGCUCGAACAUGCCGUACUCGGACAGCAUUACCAUUGUCGUCGGCCCAGAGAACGAUGAUGCAAUGAACAUGCUGCGCAACGGCAACGGGGAUGCCGUGUUCAUCUACGCGGACCAGGCGGCGCUCUACCAGUGCUCUGCAGUGGGUGACGCUACGGUGACGUUCAAUUGCAGCCUUUGGGAUGGGUUUGGCACGGAGUACGCGUAUGUCCAAACGGGACAGAAGGGCUAUGCUCUCAACGGUACAACUUUGGCGAUGACGAAGCCGGGCUCUAUGGUGCCAAGCCUUAUCAAUGGAUGCCUUGCCGAGUUCAUGCAGACCAAGGAGUACUACGACGUCUGCCUCAAGAACGGGAUGGUUGACCAGUGCUAUCCCAACAGUCACUUCCCAGUUGGAUCCAGCACCAUGGCCAACUACGAGAAGCCCACAAACGAGCUCACAGGUGACUGCUCCACAGGGUAUUGCCCAUGUGGGCCCGAGCCUACGACCACGACGGCAGCAGGUAUCACCACGAGUGGCACUGUGGCACUGAGCUUCGGACCAAUUGCAGGUCUGCUGUCCGUCCUCAUCGCCUCGAGCUGA